AUGCUUGGACAUCACCUCCACCGUCUUCGACGACCGCCUGAAUGUCUCCCCCCUCAACGUCGUCGAGGAUGGCGGCGUUGUGGGCUUCGUCUACAUCACUACCCCCUUCGACGACGCCUCCAGCGCGCCCUCAAGCUCACCUGCCACUUCCACCCCUCCACCCUACUCGCAUUCGUGCCCCUCACUUCGCGCUGUCUCGGGCGCGGGAGAAAGACCACCGACUUUGGGUGCGCUCCCCUCCGAGUCGUUGGCAUGCAUGCCCUCGUUGGCGUGAGCCGCACCUGCAGCCGCUGUCUUCCGAUCUCUCGGGGAAGUGUGCUUCGUGGGCUGGAAGGCAUCUCCACCGGCGCUGGCGACGCGCUCGCUCGAUGCCGGCGACGCGUCCUGGCCUCCGACACUGGCGAAAGAGCUUCAUCGACGCCGGCGAAGCGUCUUCAGCCUCAACGUCACGCCCUCUUCCUCAACAUCGACAUGUCCUACGUCGUCAAGCGCGCUGACCCUACGGCUUCGACGUCGACGUUGAUUGCUAUGCCCUUGGCGCGCUCAGCGCCGCGAGGACAGCGCGCUGUCAGCAAGACAGCGGCGAAGGCGACGAACAAGGGAGAAGGUAGCGAGUACCAGCACGAAGGUGAUGAGCCGGGGCGAAGGGUAUGUCUCCGUAUAGUGUACCCUUGCGUUGUGUUGCGCGAUGCGAUUGCGUCUUUCUCUUUGACGCGGUCUCGCCACGCGCGAGGCCCUCGCACUCCGCUUCAAGACGCCCUCGCGCCGAAGAUUGAGGGGUCUGCUCGUUUGCGCCAGCCUUGUCCGCUUCAAGUCGCGCGGGAUCGCCGUUUGGGGCGCACAGGAUCGUGGUCGACGACGCUCAGGACCGCCGUCGACGAUGCCCAGGACCGCGGUCGACCAUCCCCAGGACCACCUUCGACGACGCUCGCAGGCCUCGCCUUCACCAUUCGCUAA